GUUUUUCUGUUUUGGCAAAGACUGCAUGUCCUAGCUGUGUGGGUGCGGUAAUAGCCAGUGCGCAGCAUGUCCCUAAGGACGGAGCUCCUCAAGUCGGUUUGGUAUGCCUUUACAUCGCUGGACACAGAAAAGAGUGGGAAAGUUUCCAAAUCCCAGCUUAAGGUGCUAUCCCACAACCUGUAUACCGUACUAUGUAUUCCCCAUGACCCAGUGGCUCUGGAAGACCACUUCCGUGAUGAUGAUGAUGGUCCUGUGUCUAGUCAGGGGUACAUGCCAUAUCUCAACCAGUAUAUACUGGACAAGGUAGUAGAAGGUUCCUUUGUGAAGGAGAAUUUCCAUGAGCUGUGUUGGACUCUAACAGCCAAGAAGAAUUAUCAUCCAAAAGGAACGGUGCUGCCGAACAAAGAUGCUUUCCGUCUUUGGUGUCUUUUCAAUUACUUAUCUGAAGAUAUAUACCCACUUAUCAUGGUCCCUGAUGAGGUGAAGUAUCUUCUGCAGAAGCUGCUGUCUAUAGCCCGGUUGGAAUUUGGGGAAGUGGAGUUAGGGGAUAUCUUAUCAUCUGUGUCCUCAGGAGUCUCAGUUUGGCAGUUUCUGGAACUUGUAACUUCCCCCAAGAUUCUGAAGGGGAUUAGUGGAGAAACUCUAAGCAUGGCUAUCCAGGACUUGUAUGAUGAGGUCAUUCAAGAUGUGCUGAAACAGGGAUAUCUCCUAAAGAAAGCCAAUUUAAGAAGGACGUGGACUGAACGUUGGUUUGUACUGAAGCCAAGUUUUUUGUGCUAUUAUGCAAGCGAGGAAUGUAAAGAAAUUAAGGGAAGCAUUGCCAUAGAGAAGGACUGUGGAGUAGAGGUACUUCCUGACAGGGAUGGGAGGCGCUGCAUGUUUUGUGUCAAAACAACCACAAAAACCCAUGAGAUGAGUGCAUCUGACACAAAGCUCAGACAAGAAUGGGUGACAGCUAUCCAAACAGCGGCCCGUCUCCAAUCCUCUGGCUCCGAGAGUCUACACAGAGAGUUACAGAGCAGGCGUAGGGAACUGAGAGAGCAAAGAGAGCAGCGCAGAGCAGCACGUGAGCAGGAGAUGCAAAGGUUGGCAGACCUGCAAACCGAGAAAGAGCGCCAACAGCAAGAGCUGGAACAGCUGAGACAGGCACAAAAGAGAGCAGAGGAAGCCAUUUUACAACAACAGCAUAGACAUAGAGAACAACAAGAAGAGAUGCAGAGACAGCUGGCUGGACAGCUACGAGAAGCAGAAGAGGCACGUGCUACCAUGCAAGCAGAGAUGCAGUUAAAGGAGAUGGAGGCGAUGAGCCAAAAACAACGAAUUUGUGAACUAGAACAACUGCAGCAACAUCUUCAGGAAGCACUUGCACAAGAAAUAAGAGCACGUCGGGAUGAGGAGGACUACAGGCAUGCUCAAGCCAAGUUGCUGAUACAAGAGGAAGAGAAACUGCGAGUAUUACUCAGGAUGAGAGAGGAGCAGAUACAUUAUGUGGAACUUGCUCAGAGAGAGAAACAAGAGCUGCAGCAGGAGAUGGCACUAAAAAGCAAAGAACUACAGGAGGCACAGAAGCAACUAGAAGACGUACAAGAGAACAGAGAGAGAGCUGACAGAGACGUGCAGGUGGCGCAGAAGAGGCUCCAUCAAGCCAGUACAAAUGUUCGUCAUUGGAAUGUCCAGAUGAACAGACUAAUGCAUCCAAUUUCCCCUGGAGAAAAGCGCGUAGCCCCAACUGUUGGAUUUCAGGGAAUAUGGAGUGUAGCACUAACUCGUCGAGACUCAUCCAUUAAGCGGCUGCAGACAUCUUAUGAGAAAAAAUCUCUUCACAACGCAGAAGACCAGAUGGAAAAUCCUCAAAAUGUUUAGUUACCAAACAACUCUGCGUAGUCCUGACUAAUGUAAUGAACAAACUGGGUGAUAAAAACCCAGAAUAAAUCAGAAUAAAAACCUUAAAAUUUACAUGAACGUGUCAUUGUAGCUAUAUUUUAGGUACAAGAACCCAACCACAAUAUUUCUCAAACUCGGUUUUAGUACCUAAAAAAAAAAAAAAAAAACGUUUUACUAGUAAAUAUUAAUUCAC